AUCUCCAGGCUUUCCCAUCCAACUCUCCGGUUUCCCACAUUCCUCGAGUGGCCCUGCUGUAUGUGUGUGAGAUAAACACAAGAGAAGUGUGUGUGUACUCUGACCCUCCAAGACCAGUUCAAGAACUUAAUGCUGGCUCAGUGACUCAGUCAGUCUUGCUGGGGAAGAGAGCUGAACACAGAUUGUUGUAAGGGUUUCUUCUGUAGCUUCCUAAAACAGAAUGAGUUUUAAAAACCGCAAAGGAAGUUUCGAACUCGGGGAAUGUACCAGGAACCCGAACUUUCAGGAUGCGGAAGAUGGUGAGUCUCAGGCGGACAACAUGAACUCCGUGGCCGGGGAGAAGAAGGAAUCCUCCGCGGUGAAGCUGGAGACGCCUGAGGAGGAGUACACGCAGAUAAAACCGUACGCAGGAAUGCCCAAAGAGGUGCUGCUGCUGUACUCCACGAAGGCCCGGUACAGAGUGCCCCGGGAGAUCCUGUUCUGGCUGACGCUGGCCUGUACGCUGGCUCUGGUGGCGCUCACCAUCACAGUGAUCGCACUGUCGCCGGGCUGUUUGACCUGGUGGCAGGCCUCCCCGGUGUACCAGGUGUACCCGCGGUCGUUUAAAGACUCAGAUGGAGAUGGAGUAGGGGACCUCAAAGGCAUUCUCCAGCAGCUGGAUCACUUCCAGUACUUGAACAUCAAGUCAGUCUGGAUCAGUCCUUUCUAUCGCUCUCCUAUGAAGGACUUUGGCUAUGAUGUGGAAGAUUUCCGUGCCAUUGACCCGCUCUUUGGAACAAUGAAAGACUUUGAGGAUCUGCUAGCUGAAAUGCACAACAAAGGUCUGAGGCUGAUCAUGGAUUUCAUUCCCAAUCAUACCAGUGACCGUCACCGCUGGUUCAACCUGAGCCGAACUAGAGAUCCUCAGUACAGUGAUUACUAUGUCUGGGCUGACUGCAAUGCAACCGGACCAAAGCCUAACAACUGGGUGAGUAUUUUUGGGAACUCAUCAUGGACUUACGAUGAAGUUCGAGGACAAUGCUACCUGCACCAGUUUCUCAAGGAGCAACCAGACCUGAACUUCAGAAACCCUAAUGUCAACAAAGAGAUAAUAGACAUUAUUCACUUCUGGCUGGAAAAGGGGGUGGAUGGCUUCCGGAUGGAUGCAGUGAAGCACAUCCUGGAAGCUGCGCACUUGAGGGAUGAACCCCAGGUGGACCCCAACAGACCACCGGAGUUAGUAACUACAGAGUGGGACCUCUUCCAUGACUACACCACCACUCAGCUGGGCCUGCAUGACAUGCUGAGGGAGUGGAGGGCUGAGAUGGACACCUACAGCCGGGAGCCUGGGAGAUACAGGUUCAUGGUGUCUGAGUCAUAUGACUACCAUGAGGUGGACAAGACCAUGAUGUACUAUGGCACCCCACAGGUUAAAGAAAGUGACUUCCCCUUUAACUUUUACCUUUUGGACCUGCCUCAGAACACCAGCGGCUUGUGGGCUCAUCAUCUGGUCCACCUGUGGAUGUCCAACAUGCCCAGAGGAAAAUGGGCCAACUGGGUGGUUGGGAACCAUGACAGGCCUCGAAUUGCCUCCAGUGCUGGUCUUAAGUAUAGCCGUGUCAUCAACAUGCUGCUGCUGACCCUUCCAGGCACACCCACCACCUAUUAUGGAGAGGAGAUCGGCAUGGAGAACAUUAAUGUCACAGACAGUGAAGUCCAGGACCCUGCUGGCAAAUACAAUUCUAGUCUCAGUCGGGACCCCCAGCGAUCUCCGAUGCAGUGGAGUGAUGAAUUGAAUGCAGGCUUUAACACUAAAGCCAAUGUCACCUGGUUGCCUGUACAUCCUGACUACGAAACUGUCAAUGUGGAGGUUCAGAAGACUGAGGAAGGUUCUGUUUUGGCUCAGUACCGCUUCCUGAACAUGCUGCGUCAGGCAGAGCUCCCUCUUCACCGCGGUUGGUUCUGCUAUGUCCAUGCUGAUGAAAAUGUCUUCUCUUAUAUCAGAGAGCUGGAUGGGGUUGACAGAGCGUUCCUUAUGGUGCUUAACUUUGGGAAAGAAUCUGUAACCACAGAUUUCUCCUCUGUUAGAGAGUUACCAGGCCAGCUGGAGGUGUUGAUGAGCACAAACCACAUCAAAGACGGCACAGUAAUGCAAAAGUCUCGUAUCCUGACAGAGGCAGGAGAGGGUUUGUUGAUUCAGUACUCCACACACACUCGGUUCAAUCCGAACCACCCUGGAGAGUGCUAUGUCUCGGAGAAGGCCUGCUACCUGAGCGUCAUGGAUAUACUUUAUAAGUGCUAAUACAAGUCAACAGUCACACAGUUUCAAUGUAAACAUGAGAUUCUUCUUUGGUGUUUCUUUUUUUAGGAAAUCUUAGGAAUCAUACAUUAAAAAGGCUCAGACAUUUCA